AUGGCAAUCGAAGUCGUCCCUUUAACCGAGGCCGAUAUCCCCGGCGCCAUCGAAGUGAUUCAGCAGGCAUUUGCCGAUGAUCCCUAUUUCAAGUGGGUCUUUGAUUCAUCCAAGCAAUUCCUCCUCCUCUUCUUCAUCCUCUUCCCCCAUCCUAGGCGUCUCCUGCUGGCUACCCCCCUCCCAACUUCCCAACCCGAAAGCUGGUACUCCUACUUCCAAUCUUGGAUGCUCUCUAUCAACCAGUUCCUCACCAACAUGCGACACUGGGGCCACGGCGGCCUGCACACGCGCCGCUAUUGGAUCUGGAAAGACCGCCAGCAUGCAGCGCAGUCCCAGAUCUGGGAUGAUCCGCGUGGCUACUAUUUCUGUAAUAUUGUGGCUGUGAGCCCCGAGGCUCAGGGGAAAGGGGUGGGGAGGCUACUGUUUGAGGCGGUCACUAAACAGGCGGAUCGGGAGGGGGUCAAGUGUUAUUUGGAGAGCUCGAAGAGUGUGCCGAAUGUGCAGAUCUAUGAGCGGAUGGGGUUUGAGAUGAGGAAAGAGAUGGAAUGUCGGGAUGGAGAGGACGUUUGUAUGUUGUAUUGCAUGGUGCGCAAUCCCAAGACCGAGUGA